GCAGCUUCCUCGGCGUCUCCUCCCCUCCAAAUGAAUUUACAGAAGUGCCAGCCGCAAGCAACCCAGAGCAGUACGUGGUGAGAAGUGAGAACUACUUCCCCAUAACUAAUUUAUACCCUUCUCUCCUACUUUGCCUCACCCUGAUUCUCCGCACUCUCUUUCUUUCCUCGACGGCGACCGAACUUCUCUCCGAUCAAUUUUGCUCCAGGUAAUCUUAUCGUUCCUUCUCUCUUUCAAACUUGGUCAAUUUUUCUCACGCAUAACCUAAAAACCUAGCCACGACUUCGGACCCAAACGCACGGUCUUACGAUCCGACCAGAUCCGGAUCUCUCACUCUCCUUCCCUCCUCAUGCCUCUAAAACCCGUCUCCCUUGGGUUUCUCCUGAGCCUUCUCCUCAUCCUCCUCCUCCUCAUUUGCCAUGCGGAUCCGCUUCUUGAUUGCCCCAAAACUAACCCACUAGCCCACCUCCGAUCCGAAUUCACAAUGUCCCAGCACCAACUCCGGGGUGUCUUCACCAUAAUCGACGGUUGCUCUUUCCGGGUUUCCCAGUUCGACAUGCUACCCGGGUCCGACGUCCACUGGUGGGGCGCCAUCGCGCCCGAUUUAGAUAAUCUCACCUCUGGGUUCGUGAUCUCCGACCACAACCUGAACGAAACCUACAAGAACGCAAGCUUCGUUGUGCAUUUGAGGGAAAACGUGACCUGGGAUCAGAUCCAUGUCCUCGCCGUGUGGGACCGCCCCACUGCGUCAGAAUUCGGGCACGCCGUGCUCGCCGAUUCGGUAAAUGGGACGGCUGAUUUAGCUCCGUCUCCAUCGAAUGACGGUGCCGAGAAGGCCCUCUCGGUUCAUACUGAGCCCACUAUGUUGGAGAAUUGUAAGGUGCUGUCCAAAAACUAUAGGGUUCGGUGGACGUUGGAUGCGGAUGGGAAUUCCAUCGAUAUCGGGUUGGAGGCGGCGACUGGGACCAUGAAUUACAUGGCUUUCGGGUGGGCAAACCCGAAUUCCACUUCCCAAUUCAUGCUCCACGCAGAUGUGGCCGUGGCGGGGUUCAAGGAGGAAGGAUCGCCGUUUGUGGAUGACUUUUACAUCACAAAGUACAGUGAGUGUAUGACAAACAAGGAUGGUUUGGUGCAAGGGGUUUGUCCCGAUACGAUUUACGAAGGGUCGGACCCAGUUGGUCUGGUGAACAACACGAAGUUAGUUUAUGGGCAUAGGAAGGACGGAGUAUCGUUUAUUCGGUACCAGAGGCCGUUGAAGCCAUUCGACAAGAAGUAUGAUUUGCAGGUGAACCCCAUGGAGAACAUGACGGUCAUUUGGGCCUUGGGGUUGAUAAGGCCGCCUGAUGCUCUGAGGCCUUACUAUCUUCCCCAAAAUCAUGGGGGGCCACGGCUCGAGGUUUAUGGGAAUUUGAUACUUAAUAUUUCUGAACAUGUGGAUGAUUGUUUGGGUCCUUUGGAUGCAGAGGACAAGGAGGAUCAGGAUCUUAUAAUUGCUGAUGCCAAUGUUCCGCUUGUUGUUACGACUGGUCCAGCAUUGCAUUACCCGAAUCCCCCGAAUCCUUUGAAAGUUCUUUACAUUAACAAGAAAGAGGCCCCAGUACUGAGAGUGGAAAGAGGGGUACCCGUGAAGUUUUCAAUACAAGCAGGGCAUGAUGUUGCUCUCUACGUUACCUCAGAUCCAAUUGGUGGCAACGCGACAUUGAGGAAUAUGACCGAGACUAUUUAUGCAGGAGGGCCGGAAGCUGAAGGGGUUCAAGCUAGUCCAAUGGAAUUGAAAUGGGCGCCUGAUAGGAAUACUCCAGACCAAGUUUAUUAUCAGUCAUUUUUUGAACAGAAAAUGGGUUGGAGAGUGCAGGUGGUUGAUGGGGGUCUGUCAGAUAUGUAUAAUAACAGUGUUAUUUUGGAUGAUCAGCAAGUUACAUUCUUUUGGACAUUGUCAGGGGACUCAAUAUCUAUUGCAGCUCGUGGUGAGAAAAAAAGUGGCUAUCUUGCAAUAGGAUUUGGCAGUGGAAUGAUAAAUAGCUAUGCUUAUGUGGGUUGGGUUGACGAAAGGGGUGUAGGGAGAGUAGACACUUAUUGGAUUGAUGGAAAGGACGCCUUGAGCGUGCAUCCAACAAGAGAGAACUUAACAUAUGUGAGAUGCAAAUCAGAAAACGGCAUGAUCACUUUGGAGUUUACGCGUCCACUGAGACCAUCAUGUAAUCGCGGUGAAAGUGGAAGACAGGAGUGUAAUAACAUCAUUGAUCGGACAACUCCUCUGAAAGUUAUUUGGGCAAUGGGUGCUAGAUGGACGAAUGAACAUCUAAGCGAGAGAAACAUGCAUUCUGCUAAAAGUAGCAGGCUUGUUCGGGUGCUGCUUAUGCAUGGUUCUGCUGAGGCGGAAGAGGAUUUACGCCCUGUAUUGGCUGUACAUGGGUUCAUGAUGUUUCUUGCUUGGGGCAUAUUGCUUCCUGGUGGAAUAUUGGCAGCUAGAUACUUAAAACACAUUAAAGGUGAUGGAUGGUACCAGAUUCAUGUUUACCUGCAGUACUCGGGUUUGGCGAUUGUCCUACUUGCCCUUCUUUUUGCUGUCGCUGAGCUUCGGGGUUUCUAUGUCACCUCAUUACAUGUAAAAUUUGGUAUUACCGCAAUUAUUUUGGCUUGUUUACAGCCAGUCAAUGCAUUCAUGAGGCCUAAAAAACUUUCCAAUGGGGAGGAGGUUUCGUCCAAAAGGGUUCUUUGGGAGUAUGUUCACGUCAUUGUGGGCAGAUCUGCCAUUGUCGUGGGUAUUGCAGCACUCUUCACUGGAAUGAAGCAUUUAGACGACAGAUAUGGUGGUGAAAACGUACAUGGACUUAUUUGGGCCCUAAUGGUUUGGUUCUUGAUGGGUGCAUUGAUAGUUAUGUAUCUGGAAUUCCGUGAAAAACGCCGAAGGAGAGACAGAAUUUUUGGAAGAAGCAAUUGGGUACUGGGUAACCACGAGGAAGAUGACUCUCUUGAUCUUUUGAGCCCAACCGGGACUCUCUCAGAAAAAGAGUCGCAACAGUCUGGAAGAAUGGAAGUUCAGUUAGAACCUUUAGGCCGAUAGAUAUGUUUAACAAUUAUUCAUUGGUAUAAAGUCACUACUCUUCACCAGUUUUGGUACUGUUCCCCUCUCCUACACCUACACGGUAUGGUAGCGGGCCUGUUCAUCCUAAAGAGCAAUAUCCCUACAAUUUAUAUUUUGUAUACUCAUACGACUUUAGCACAGUGGAAGGUUAUAUCAAUAUCUCUCUUUCUCAUUAAAAUUUAGAAGGGAGGUGGGUUAAGUUUGUUUAAUGUGGGAAUUAGUUCAGUUUCUGCUUGUUUAGUUUAAUGGGAUGCAAUUUCUUUUGCCAAACCGGAAGUUAGUUAUUUUUUAUGUAUAUCAUGCGAUGCUAACCUAUGAAACUUUAUUGUUUUACGGCA